UUUGCAUCUAUGCAGACGCUAUUGCCUCCGUGUCAGGAGCGUUGCAUGAAAUCGCCUGUCACCAGAGGAUUCAUUGGCUUGCCGCAUGCUGACUGGGUUCCACUGGUUCCUUGUGAUUGCUUGUGUGGGUGUGCAAGGGUGUGAGAGUGUUGCGGCGAGUUGAGUGGGAGAAAGCGGACCGUUUCUCACUUUCUCAGACAUGGCUCGUCCGGGAAGCUUGUCUGAUGGUAAAAGACUGUGGAACAAGGAAGAGGAUCUGCCGGUGUACCUGGCCAGACCAGGUACCACCGCUCAAACCCCCCGGCAGAAGUACGGAGGCAUGUUCUGCACCGUGGAAGGUGCGUAUGAAAGUAAGACAAUAGAUUUCGAUGCCUACAGCGUGGGGCGACGCAGCUCCAAGGCCUCUAGGAGCGCCAGCCGGCAUGACAUCUUGUCCCCGGAAUCGGAUGGGAUGAGCGAAACUGCCAGCGACACCAGUGAGAUCUCCGGCUCGGUCAUCAGUUCUCCCAGCGAGAGGGAGGAGCGGGCCCCGCUGGAGAUCAGACCGGCGACGGCCAAAGCGCUGCUCCAAGGCUGGGAGCCAGGCAAGAAUGAUCGAAUUCUUAUUAAAGGUGGAAGGAUCAUCAAUGAAGACCGGUCCUUCUAUGCUGAUAUUUAUCUAGAAGAUGGGAUCAUAAGCCAAAUAGGGGACAAUCUAAAAGUUCCUACUGGUGUGAAAACCAUUGAGGCAAAUGGCAGGCUGGUUAUCCCAGGGGGAAUCGAUGCAAACACCUACUUGCUGAAGCCCCAUAUGAACACCACAAGUGUUGAUGACUUCUUUCAAGGAACAAAGGCAGCCCUGGCAGGAGGAACCACAAUGAUAAUUGACCAUGUUGUUCCUGACAAGAAUGCUACUUUGCUGACUGCCUUCGAAAAAUGGCAUGAAACAGCUGAUAAUCGUUCCUGCUGUGACUACUCCCUCCACGUGGAUAUUCCUCAAUGGAAUGAAGGAAUCAAGGAAGAGUUGGAGAUCCUGGUACAAGAGAAAGAUAUCAAUUCAUUUCAAGUUUACAUGGCAUACAAGGAUAUGUUCCAGCUGACAGACAGCGAGCUUUAUGAGGCUUUUAGUUUCCUAAAGGACCUGGGUGCUGUCAUUAUGGUCCAUGCAGAAAAUGGAGAGUUGAUUGCAGAGGAGCAAAAGCGGAUCUUGGCACUGGGAAUAACAGGACCCGAAGGCCAUGUGUUGAGCAGGCCAGAAGAGCUGGAGGCUGAGGCUGUUUACCGGGCUAUCACUAUCUCCAAUCGGAUCAACUGUCCCUUGUACAUCACCAAGGUGAUGAGUAAGAGUGCAGCGGAUGUGAUUGCCCAGGCCAGAAAGAAAGGAGCUGUUGUUUUUGGAGAGCCGAUCACUGCAAGCCUUGGGACAGACGGAACACAUUAUUGGAGCAGAAACUGGGCCAAGGCUGCGGCCUUUGUGGCAUCACCUCCUCUGAGUCCUGACUCCUCAACACCUGACCACCUGAGUUCACUGUUAGCCUGUGGAGAUCUGCAAGUUACAGGAAGUGGUCACAGUACAUUUACCACUGCUCAGAAAGCCAUUGGAAAAGAUAACUUCUGCUUAAUUCCUGAAGGCACCAAUGGUAUUGAAGAAAGAAUGAGUAUUAUCUGGGAAAAAGCUGUGACCACAGGGAAAAUGGAUGAGAAUCAAUUUGUCGCAGUGACCAGCGCCAAUGCUGCCAAAAUCUUUAACCUCUAUCCAAGGAAGGGAAGGAUAGCUGUGGGAUCUGAUGCUGAUCUCGUCAUCUGGGACCCAGACACUGUUAAAACAAUCUCUGCCAAAACACACCGCUCGGCUGUGGAAUACAAUAUAUUUGAGGGUAUGGAAUGCCGUGGUGCUCCCUUGGUUGUUAUCAGUCAAGGGAAUAUUGUCCUGGAAGAUGGCAAACUGUAUGUUAAUCAGGGAACUGGCCGCUUCAUUCCCCGUAAGCCAUUCCCUGAACAUAUCUACCAGCGUAUUAAGAUCCGCAACAAGUCGACGGAAUUGCAUCCUGUGUCUCGAGGGAUGUAUGAUGGCCCUGUGUAUGAUCUCCCAAUUACUCCCAAGUUUGCCACGCCAGCUCCUUCGACCAAGUCAUCCCCUACAAAAGUUAACCCUCCACCGCUGCGGAACCUGCAUCAGUCUGGGUUUAGUUUAUCAGGUGCGCAGUUUGAUGACAACAUUCCUCGUCGGUCUGGACAUCGUAUUGUCAAUCCUCCAGGUGGCCGUUCUAAUAUCACCAGCUUAGGGUGACCAGGACUGGAAGGUGGAGCUGCUGGUAGCUGCUACAGGCAGUUUAUCUACUUACAGGGGAAUUCAGUGUAAUGAAAAAACAAUUUACUCCGGUAUUUCAGUGAAAGAAACAAAACAAAGUGUGCGUAUGUAUGUGUGUGUUUGCCCUAUAGAAUGAGGUGAAUUAUGUGAUGUGUUUUUGCUUGGAAUUGGCCAUCACGCAGUUGUUUCAUGCCACUUAGCAUGCUGCUUUUAUUAGCAUAGCCCUUAAUGAACCGGUUUAGAGAUGCUCCUUGUAAUUUAAUAAGGAUUCUUUGCACAUUUUAGCUGUUAUGAUAUGUUAGUGCAUGAUCUUCAGAAAUGUAAUUUCUGUUUUGUGUAAAGAGUAAUGAAAACUCUUUUGACAAAACUGCGGAGAAUAUAGCCAGAAAUCUUUGUGGUGUGGAUUUCUGGCACAGUACGCUGAAUUGCCGGGAAAAAUAUAAUCAGGAAUAGGAAAACUGAAAUAUUUCUAUGAAUGUGCAAAGUUUACUUUCUUACUGGCUUUAGUUGAAGUCAGUCUUAUCAUAGCAUAGACAUUGAAGCACACACAUAAAGAGUUAGUUAUGCAGUUAUAGUUACCUCACAUGUUAAUAGGGAGUGAAACCGACAAUAAAAGUCUUAAUCGUUUUGGAGUUUAUGUAGCGACUUUGACUUGUAAUCAUGAGACAUUGUUUCAGCCUCCUUUGGUUUGCUGUAAAGCUUUACCAUUUCUUCUGUCAUUUUUCAAUGCUUCAGAACAAGCUUAAGAAUGGGAGUUUUAGCAUAAUAGAGUUAAGUUGUUUUAUUUGAAUUGUCGUGUAAGUGCAAGAAAUGUCCCAUCAAUGAAGGGUGACAACCACUAACUACAUCAUGAAUUUGAGCCACCUUUCAGUCUUAAGCUACUGUGACAUUUUAAAAAACUUUUUGAUACUGAUGCAUCCUUUGUAUUCAUAUACAUUUGUACUUAAUAUCUCAAACUGAAUACUCUGGUGUUGUGACUGUACACUUGAGCCUGAAGGCUGUGAAUAAAUUAUGCUUCAAAGUUGAA